AUAUGUCCACACAAACACCUGUACACCAAUGUUCAUGGCAGCAUUAUUCACAAUAGCCAAAAAGUGGGAAAAUCUAAAUGUCCAUAAAAAAAAUUAAAAAAAAAAUUUUUUUAUGGAUAGGCUGACGAAUAGAUAAAUAAAAUGUGCUCUAUUCCUACUAUGGAAUAUUAAUCAUCCAUAAAAAGGAGUGAAGUACUGAUACAUGCUACAACGUGGAUUAACCUUGAAAACACUAUGCUAAAUGAAAGAAACAAGUCACAAAAGACCACAUGUUGUAUGUUUGCAUUUAUAUAGGGUUGCUAUAAGUUGGAAAGAGGAGCCCUGGUGGCGCAGUGGUUAAGCGAUUGGCUGCUAACCAAAAGGUCGGUGAUUCUUCCAUGGGAGAAAGGUGUGGCAGUCUGCUUCCAUAAAGAUUACAACCUUGGAAACCCUAUGGGGCAGUUCUACCCUAUCCUAUAGGGUCGCUAUCAGUCGGAAUCAACUAGACGGCAAUGGGUACUGGGUAUUUAUAUGAAAUGUCCACAAUGGGCAAGUCCACGUAGACAGAAAGUAGACCAGCGGUUGCCAGGAGCUGGGGGAGAUGGAAAUGGGAGUGAUUGCUCAUGGGUACAGGAUUUCUUUUUGGGGUGAUGAAAAUGUUCUAAAAUUGAUUGCGUUGGCUGCACAACUCUGUGAAUAUGCUUAAAACUGUUGAAUUGUACUCUUUAAAUUGGUGAUUUGUAUAGUAUGUGAAUUAUAUCUCCAUAAAGCUGAUAUUUAUAUAUGUAUACACACACACACAUAUAAAGAUGGAUAUAGAUAAAGAUACAAAUACAGUGAAACCUGUGAGAGCCAGAACUUGACAGGACUGGCAUGUUUUUCUGGGUCUCGCGAGUUUGUCGCCUUUGACAGGGUAUAAUCUUACCACUUUUCUAUUGCUCCUUUUAGUAGAAAAUAUUUGCAUUUUCCUUCUCUGACAGGUUCCUGAAGCCUUACAUAGGUUCCUGCUUUCAGAGGUUUACUGUGUCCUGUUCAUGCUACAAUCUAAUGCAGGAUACAAAACCUCAGAGUGCCUCAGUCUUUCUCCUGGAAAACUAUAUAAUUCUUUAUUUACUCUAACUAGAGGGAGUAAUGAUUCCAUGAUGAAGGAGUAGAAAGAAAGUAAACCCCAUCUUCGUCUACACUUGAUAAUAUAAUUGCAUCAUUUUUAUGGUUUAGGACCCAAAUUCCCUGACUGGGCUGUUCAGGCUGUUGGCUCUAAUUAUCUUAGGUAGCUUGAGGAAAGGUUAAGGAUGUGCGGCAGCUAUAUUUCCUUGCUGCUGAGCACUUGGAAGGAAACUGGAUUGAUCAUCACGCACGGGAAUCCAUUAGGGUACAUUUGCAAAUCCACCUACAACUGAUUUUUGAAGCCUUUUUUCCCCAUUUUUGGCUCUUCGUCUCUUCCUUCUCGCUCAAGAUUUUGUGUGGAAGGUAUUUGGCAUUAUCAGCACCAACAGGGUGGAAUUAGUUGUCGUUUUAAUUCUCAUUUGGAGCGCAGUCUUUCCAUAUCUGUGGUCAGGAUUUUAGACCCCGAGUCCCAGAAACAGCAGUAUUUCCUCUGAGAAAGUUAGGAGUGUCAGACAAGGCUUCGAGGAAACUCCGAUUCUGUUGAACGUAAGGUUUUGGAGGUAGGAAAAUCCUCGACACCUAAAUAGCCUCAAACCCUUUGGUGACCCUGGAAGGCAAGUCCUAGACUCUUUAGCACGUAAGAGGAUGCUGGAUGCUCCUUGGAAACCCCAUGGGGCAGUUCUACUCUGUCCUAUAGGGUCAAUAUGAGUUGGAAUUGACUAAACAGCAAUGCUUAUGUUUUAGAGGGUGCAGGCAGGCCUCAGCCAACAGAGUUAAAUUAUAGUGUUCUUUCCUCCUCCUUCCUGGCUUGUCAGUUUGUAAGUGAUUAAUGUUGUUGUUCCGUGCCCUUGAGUCGAUUCUGACUCAUAGUGACCCUAUAGGACAGAGCAGAACUGCCCUAUUGGGUAUCCUAGGCUGUAAUCUUUACUGAAGCAGAUUGCCAGGUCUUUCUCCCAUGGAGUAGCUGGUGGGUUUGAACCGCGGACCUUUUGGUUAGCAGCCGAAUGCUUAACCACUGUGCCCCCAGGUCUCCUUCAUCGAUUAAUAACUACCCUUUUUUAAAAACAAAAACCAUACUACCCUGGAGUCCCCGGGUGGCGCAGAUGGUUAUGGAGCUCAUCUACUAAUGGAAAGGUUGGAGGUUUGAGUCCACCUAGAGGCACCUAGGAAGAAAGGCCUGACGAUCUGCUGCCAAAAAAUCAGCCACUGAAAACCCUAUGGAGCACAGUUCUACUCUGACACACAUGGGGGCGCCAUGAGCCAGAACUGACUCCACAGCAACCGGUUCGGUUUAGAUAAUGACUCUCUUGGUUCUCCAGGUCUCAGCUUUUAGGAGAUGCAGUUUCCAUGCUUGACGUCACUGGCCUCAGACGAUCCUACCUUGUUUGUGUUUAGAGUGUUUACUGAAACAGAACUGAAGCAAGCUCAGCCAAACCUCCCAGUGGCCUGCGCACAUUCUGUCUUCCUGUGCAUGUUUGUCCUGGAAGUCAAGCCCAGUGUGAGAGGAGAAGAAUUCAGAUGUUGUAUCCGAUUGGUCUCCCAUGCAUGAAGCCGCGACCCACGGGCGCCUGCUCUCUCUUAGGAACCUCAUCAGCCAGGGCUGGCCUGUGAACCUCAUCACGGCAGACCGUGUGUCCCCACUGCAUGAAGCCUGCCUUGGUGGCCAUCCCUCAUGUGCCAACAUCUUAUUAAAGCACGGAGCUCAGGUGAAUGGCCUUACUACAGACUGGCACACUCCCUUGUUUAAUGCUUGUGUCAGCGGCAGCCAGGACUGUGUGAACUUACUUCUGCAGCAUGGAGCCAGCCCCGACUCUGCAAAUCACCUGGCAUCCCCCAUCCAUGAAGCUGCUAAGAGAGGCCACGUGGAGUGCGUGGAGUCUCUUGUAGCUCACGGAGGCAACAUUGACUAUAAUAUCAGACACCUGGGUACUCCACUAUAUUUGGCUUGUGAAAACCAGCAGAUAGCCUGUGCCAAGAAGCUUCUGGAAUCAGGAGCAAAUGUGAACCACGGCAAAGGUCUGGAUUCCCCUCUUCACGUGGUGGCCAGGACGUGCAGCGGGGAGCUGGCCCGCCUGCUUUUGGACUUUGGAGCCGACACUCAGGCUAAGAAUGCUGACGGCAAGCGCCCUGUGGAGCUGGUGGUACCAGAGAAUGCUCUGACGCAGCUCCUCUUGCAGAGAGAAGGGCCCCCUUCUCUGAUGCAGUUGUGCCGCCUUAGGAUUCGGAAGUGCUUUGGACCCAAGCAGCAUCAUAAGAUCGCCGGGCUUGCCCUCCCAGAGGAACUGAAACACUUUCUCCUCCACAUUUGAAUGUGCUGAAGAGACGGAUGCACAAACAAGCAGGCAAACAGCAGCGAGUGUUGUGACCAUUGGAAUUUUAAAAUAAAGUUGGGUUUAUAGAGCUCGGCUAGCUUUUUCAAUUAGAUCUUUAUUUUCAAUGGAGAUACCCUGGCUGCUUUGGUUUUGUUGGUGGGAAGGCAUGAAGGUUUGUUCUCUCUGCCUGGAAGAGGGUGGCUAAAAUAAUAGCUAUUGCUUUGAACAUCUACUACAUGCCAAGCACCGAGCUAGAAAUGCUUUAGGUCUCAUUCUACUUUAACCCUCAAACAACCCGGCCAGGUGGGUGCCACUCUCGGCCCUUCUCCAGGUUAGACACAGGCUCAGGGAGGUCCAUUUGUCCAAUUCCCCAGAGCCAGGAUAGGGAGCCAGAUUUGAUUAUAGGCUCUCUGAUGCCUGGGAUAGUGAGUUGGAAGGAACUUGGGGCUGAUCAGGAAGAGAGCUAUGACCAUGGGAUAGCAGUGUUGCACAAUAAGCUAUUUACUGGGCCUGAUGCAUUGACAGCUAUAUGUGGGGGCGGCGGGGGGAUGGGGUGGGAGUCCUCCACAGCAGGAGGUUCUCCAGAGGCAGUAGCACAGGGAGCCACCAGAAGGGGAAAAACCAGUUGCUGUCAAGUUGACUCGGAUUCAUGGUGACCCCACGUGUGUCAGAGUAGAACUGUGCUCCAUAGGGUUUUCGAUGGCUGGUUUUUCAGAUGUCGAUUGCCAGGCCUUUCUUCCCAGGCAUCUCUGUGUGGACUAGAACCUCCAACCUUCUGGUUAGCGGCCAAGAGCAUUCUGUUUACACCACCCAGUGACUCCACCAGAAAGAGAACAGGGCAUGAAACACCCCAGGGAAGAGAAGAGAGGGGCAACUUACAUGCAUCUUAUUUGAUGUCCUCCUGCAGGAAGGCGAGGAGUCCCUGGGCCAGAGAACUCCGAAGGUAGCAACACCUUAGGGUCCUUGUAACUACAGGGUUUUAUUUCAUCUAAGGCUAGCAAGUGUUGGGCACAGUUUCACGGGAUUUGUAAAGCAGGGAGGCUCUAAGUGGCUAAAAGUCUGCUAAAUAAGGGCUAUUAACAGCCCUUUCAUGUGCCCACAAAUAUUUUUGGAUUCUUAGGUUUCUUGGGAGGGUACUUGUCCCACUAAAAGUAUAUGCUGCCCUCCAAUGGGGGCUUGUGUAAUGGAGAAAAAUGAAAGAAAUGUUCUUUGGCAAAAAUUCACUAAGGCAGAAGGCUUAGGUAUGAAGCACUGCAUCCAGGAGGUGUGAAUGGGGCAAACUUUUGUUUCUUUUGGCUUUUGUGCAGCUAGAUAAUCCUUGUAAGCAUAUUUAUGGCUUCCUGUAUGUGAUAAUUAGGGGCCCUGGUGGAUUUGGUGUUUUUUGGUGUCAUAUUUGGGAAACCAGAGGUGCCCAAUGUAACCAAAUGUAUGUAUUGACCUCUGUUGAGAAUUUCAAUGUUUUGGGGAUAUACGUACCCCACAAAAUAUAUAUCAGAAUCCAUAUUUCGUAAUAAAAUUUCAGAAAUGCUCCUUGAUUCAGCAUGCCUUCCAUUAAUGAAAACACAUGAUAUCAACACAAAAUUCAAAGCAGAAAAUAAUUGGGUCUUGAAAGGGAAACAAUCAGAUGUAUACAAAUUUGAGUUUGGUGCCGAUGGGCUUUUUUUUUUUUUGAGCUAGUGGGCCUUAGCUUGCUAUGAAGAAGUAAACAAAUUGGGGUCAAUACAGAGGCAAUCGUUGGCUCAUUUAUAUAACACCCGAGGAGUUUUGAAGGAGCCCUGGUUGCACAGUGGUUAAGUGCUUGACUGCUAACCAAAAAGCUGGCAUCAAGUUUGAACUCACCAGCUGCUGCUCCGGAGAAAGAUAUGGCAGCCUGCUUCUGUAAAGAUGUCAGCCUUGGCAACCUUAUGGGGCAGUUCUACUCUGUCCUAUAGGGCCAAUAUAAAUCGAUGGCAAUGGGUUUUGGGGAGUUUGGAGGGAGGCACAGUUUCCCAACAUCACUAUCCUGGCUCCAUCUGCCUUACAUGGGAAGACAAAGAUGAAAGGCAUUUCUUGGUAUAAGUCUGUGUUUUCUACCCUCACUGUUUUUACGAUAAAACCAGGGCCGGAUUACCUAAUAAGCGAGGUAGGCAUGGGUUUAUUUGUGUUUACUUACUCAUCUGUAGUGAACAAUUUCACCAGGUGAAAUUGUUCACUACAGAUGAAUAAGUAAACACAAGUAAGCCCGUAGGUACCUAGCUUAAUGUAAGCUGGUUCAUACCAUGCUUCCUGGUUAAUCUGCCCCUGGAUAAAACCACUACUGCCCUGGGAUAGCAGCUAGUUCUUUCCCUUAACCCAAAUGCCAUAUAUAUAUUAAGUAUAUUCCAGAAUUGCGUCGUCUAAUACAGUAGCCACAAACUCAGUGGUUCUCAGCCAAGGCCAAUUUUACCCCCAGGGGAUAUUUGGCAAUGUCUGGAAAAAUUUUUGGUGGUCAAACUCGGGGGGCGGGCGGUGUACUGGCAUCUAGUGAGUGGAGGCCAAGGAUGUGGCUGCUGUCGUUGUUAGGUGCCAUCCAGCUGCUUUCGACUCAUAGUGACCCUAUCUACAACACAACGAAACAGUGCCCAGUCCUUCACCAUCAUCAAAAUCAUUGCUAUGUUUGAGCCCAUUGUUGCAGCAACUGUGUCAGCCCAUGUCAUUGAGGGUCUUCCUCAUUUUCGCUGACCCUCUACUUUACCAAGCAUGAUGUCCUUCUCUAGGGACUAGUCCCUCCUGAUAACAUGUCUAAGGUACAUGAGACAAAGUCUUGCCACCCUUGUUUCUAAGGAGCAUUCUGGCUGUACUUCCAAGAAAGAUUUGUGCAUUCUUCUGGCAGUCCAUGGUAUAUUCAAUAUUCUUCACCACCAUAAUUCAAAUGCAUCAAUUCCUUUUCUGUAUUCCUUAUUCACUGUCCAGAUUUCAC